GCUUUGUUUUAUAUUGUUUUGAAAGGAGAUUAUUUUAGCACGAUAUUUCCGCCUAGUUUUUAAAAAUAUAAAGGGUAGCCACGGUAAGUUACAACAAUAACAGGGAGACAAUAUCUCAAACAAGAUGCAGCUUGUCUUCGUUGUGUGCAUUUUGCUAGUUGUUUCGCGAACCGGUGCUCAGGAGCAAUGUGCCGGAACGGAAGAUGGUGAAGUUUGUUUCUGUGGAACUGGAACCGGCGUCUGUGUGAAUGAAGAAUGUCAGUGUGAGAAUGCCGACAGAAGGAAAAGAAAUUUCGUGGGUGGUUUUUGUGCUAGCGACUGGGACUGUUCGGGAUGGAACUGUAAAUGUAGAAGCAAUCGGUGUUGUUGUGGCUCGUGGUGCGGGCUCUGGUUUAAAUGAACUGAAUACAGGCGUUGAAGCGGAGAAGAGUAACCCAAUACAUUUGAAGAAAAAGCAAUUAAAACUAAAGAGCAAUGAUGAGAAACACCCGUAAAGAAUUAUUUAAAAAUGAUACCUGCUUACAAUAAAAAUAAAACACAAAAUAAUA